UUAAUAUAUGUAUUAUAGGGUCGCGGGGAACCUGGAGCUUAUCCCAGGGAGCAUGAGGCACAAAGUGGGGUACAUCCUGGACAGGGUGCCAAUCCAUCGCAGGACACACACACACACAUUCACACACCCAUUCAUACACUACAGACACUUUGAACAUGCCAAUCAGCCUACCAUUGCAUGUCUUUGGACUGGGGGAGGAAACCAGAGUACCCGGAGGAAACCCCCGCAGUAUGGAGAGAACAUGCAAAAUCCAACCCCCAACCCUGGAGGUGUGAGGCGAACAUGCUAACCAGUGCUUGCCUGGGAAUAAUUAUAAAUCAUGAAAAUUAAAUGUAAUAAUUAAUUCUUCAGCUUUAGAUUUUCACUGGCUUGCUUCACAUUAUUAUAAAAGUCUCUUCCUUCAUUUAUUUCCUCUCUUUUUUUUUUUUUUUGACCUCGCCGCGUGGAGACUUGUAUUUUGAUGAGUGUUUUGUAACCCGGAAGUUGCUGUUACAUUGUUUCUCGCCUGAUACUGGUUCAAAAAAAUGGCAGAUGUCAGAACCCGAUGGAGUUUCACCUGCGUCCCGUUCAUUUUGUCCGGAUCUUUGGUGAUCUCCUAAAGUGUGUGGAGUUUAGCGCGGAAAGUCACGUUAACCAUUGUCGUGUUAUCCCUUAUUAUUUGCUGUAUUUCACAUUGUCCGCGCGCGACUUGUUGCUAAGCAAACUGGCUAAUCCGAAAUUUGUAAACAUUGGCUAGCUAGCGAUUUAUUCCACGGGCUAGCUAAGCUAACGGGUUUUUUUUUUAAAAAAAUAAAUAAAUAAAUAAAAUGGCCACUAUGGAGAAAUUAAUGAAAGCCUUCGAGUCACUCAAAUCAUUCCAGCAGCAACAGCAAGGCCCGCUGUCUGCAGAGGAACUUGUCCAGAAACAGAAAAAAGAUCUCGCGACGACCAAAAAGGAUCGAGUGACUCAUUGUUUGACGAUAUGCGAGAAUAUCGUAGCACAGUCUCUGAGGACUUCCCCAGAGUUCCAGAAACUUCUGGGAAUUGCCAUGGAAAUGUUCCUGCUGUGCAGCGAUGACAAGGAGUCCGACGUCAGGAUGGUUGCAGACGAAUGCCUGAACAAAAUCAUUAAAGCAUUGAUGGAUUCCAACUUGCCUCGAUUGCAGCUCGAGCUUUAUAAAGAAAUUAAAAAGAAUGGUGCCUCUCGGAGCCUGCGGGCAGCGCUGUGGAGGUUUGCUGAGCUCGCUCAUCUUGUGCGUCCGCAGAAAUGCAGGCCGUAUCUCGUGAACCUGCUACCCUGCCUGACACGGAUCGCUAAGCGACAGGAGGAGAUGGUGCAGGAGACUCUGUCCUCCUCCAUCCCCAAAAUCAUGGCAGCCCUGGGGAACUUUGCCAACGACACAGAGAUCAAGGUGCUUCUGAAAGCCUUCGUGGCAAAUCUGAAGUCCAGCUCUCCCACUAUUCGGCGCACAGCGGCCAGUUCGGCUGUCAGUGUUUGUCAGCACUCGCGCAGAGCCAACUACUUCUACACUUGGCUCCUUAACGUGCUGCUAAGUCUGGUGGUGCCAGUGGAUGAGGAACACUCGAGCCACCUGAUUCUGGGUGUGUUAUUAACCCUGCGCUACCUGAUGCCCCUGUUGCAGCAGCAGGACGCAAGCACCAGCCUGAAAGGCAGCUUCGGUGUCAUGCGAAAAGAAGCCGACGUGUCCCCCACACCUGAACAGCUCAUCCAGGUCUAUGAGCUGACGCUACACUACACACAGCACCGUGAUCAUAACGUGGUAACCGCCUCUCUGGAGCUUCUGCAACAGCUGUUCCGUACUCCAGCUCCUGAGCUCCUAAACACACUAAUAAUUCCUGGCAAAAUCACACACACCCGUGUGUUCAGAGAGGAGAUGGAGAGCCGCGCGCGCAGCGGGAGCAUCGUCGAGUUCAUCGGUAAACUCCUGUCAGGGGAAGAGGAGGGUCUGGAGGAUGAUCCUGAGAAGGCAGAGGUCACGACAGGCUCCUUUACAGCCUCAGUGGGAGGGGAAAGCUCCAGCGAUGCCCCCUCCUCGUCAGGCGUGUCGUCCCUCAGCCAGGCCGACAUCAUCACAGAGCAGCCGCGUUCUUCCCAGCAUACCCUGCAGCCAGGCGACUCUGUAGAACUGAGCGCAUCAUCAGAACAAGGGGGUGGACCUGAAACACCUGACGAGGAAGACGAAGACAUGCUGAGUCGCAGCUCGAGCAGCGCCAUCAGGGCUGUGGGCGCCACUGCCGAUUUGCACUCAGAGACCAAUCCUUCAGUGGGGGCGGGGUCAUCUUCACCUCCUAGCGACAGCUCCCAGACAACCACAGAGGGGCCCGAUUCGGCCGUGACUCCCUCAGACUGCGCCGAGCUCGUGUUGGAUGGCAGUGAGAGUCAGUACUCAGGGAUGCAGAUAGGCACUCUGCAGGAUGAGGAAGAGGAGGGAGUGGCUCCUGUCCCUGAUGAAGCUCCAGAGUCAUUUGCUCACUCUGUGCUGGCACUGAGUAAGCCUCACCUACUGGAGGGUAAAGGCCACAACAGACAAGCUUCUGAUAGCAGCGUGGAUCGCUUUAUACCAAAGGAUGAGGUUCCGGAGCCAGUGGACCUUGAUAACAAGCUGUCUAGGAUUAAAGGGGACAUCGGACACUACACUGAUCCGGCAGAGGCCCCGCUGUCGCACUGUGUGCGGCUGCUGUCUGCCUCCUUCCUGCUCUCCGGCCAAAGAAACGGGCUGGUUCCUGAUAAGGAGGUCCGUGUGAGCGUGAAGGCUUUAGCUGUCAGUUGUGUAGGAGCAGCAGCAGCGCUUCUCCCUGAAACGUUUUUUAACAGACUCUACCUGGAGCCCCUGGAUGGACAGCAGACUGAUGCGCAGCAGUACAUCAGUGACAUCCUGCAGUACAUUGAGCACGGGGAUCCUCAGAUUAGGGGAGCUACAGCCAUACUGAGUGGAGCUUUGAUCCAAGCCAUCCUGCUCAAGACUCGCUUCAGCACGGAGUUGUGGCUCGCACGUGUCCACAGCACCACUGGAAACAAAGUGUCUCUGGAAGACAUCGUACCCUUACUACAGCGCAGUCUGAAGGACGAGUCCUCAGUGACGUGUAAGAUGGCCUGUUCAGCUGUGAGGCACUGUAUCAUGGCUCUGUGCAGCAGCAGUCUCAGUGAGCUGGGUCUGCAGCUCCUCAUUGACCUCUUGACCCUGAGGGAUUGCUCUUAUUGGCUGGUCCGUAAUGAGCUUCUAGAAACCCUGGCAGAAGUGGACUUUCGGUUAGUGUGCUUUCUAGAGAGGAAAACGGAGAAGUUGCACAGAGGAGAGCAUCACUACACCAGGUUGUUGCGUCUGCAGGACAGAGUAAUAAAGGACGUAGUGAUUUACCUUCUUGGUGACGAUGAUCCGCGUGUACGACAUGUUGCGGCUUCUAUUGUUACCAGAUUGGUCUCUAGGUUGUUCUAUGAUUGUGACCAGGCUCAGGCAGAUCCAGUGGUGGCUAUUGCACGUGAUCAGAGCAGCGUCUAUUUGCAGCUUCUGAUGCACGAGACGCAGCCGCCGUCUCAGUUUACCGUCAGCACCAUCACACGGACAUAUCGAGGUUACAGUCUGUCACCGGGCGUGUCCGACGUUACAGUGGAGAACAACCUUUCUCGAGUCAUCACCGCCAUCUCUCACGCACUUACCUCCUCCACUUCUAGAGCUCUGACUUUCGGCUGCUGCGAGGCACUGUGUCUGCUAUCCUUCACUUUCCCAGUGUGCACCUGGAGCACAGGGUGGCAUUGCGGCUUUGUCAGCUCUCCUGUGUUCCACUUUGGCCGAUCCAGCCAGUCCCGCAGCCAAGCACGCUCCUACAGUCUAUCUCAGAGCCAGAGUGGCAGCAGCGAAGACGGCCGUAGGUCAUUGAUUGUCGGUGUGGCCAGCAUGGUACUGUCGCUCCUCUCCUCCGCCUGGUUCCCACUGGACCUCUCUGCUCAUCAGGAUGCCUUGAUGCUGGCUGGAAACCUGCUUGCUGCUGCUGCACCAAAGUGCAUGAAAAGCCCAUGGGCUGGUGAGGAAGAGUCCAGCUCUGCUCCCUCCAAACAGGAAGAGGUGUGGCCUGCUCUGAGUGACCGUUCCCUAGUUGCUAUGGCGGAGCAGUUGUUUUCACACUUGCUGAAGGUCCUCAACAUCUGUGCACAUGUCCUGGAGGACACGUCCCCAGGCCCUGUGGUGAAGGCUACAUUGCCAUCGCUGACCAACACUCCAUCUCUAAGUCCAAUCAGGCGAAAGGGCAAAGAGAAGGACACAACUGAACCCAGCACCACUCCCAUGAGCCCAAAGAAAGGAGGAGAGACCAAUGCAGGCAGACCAACGGACAGCACUGGCACAGCUCCAGCAAGCAAAUCCACCUCUGUGGGCAGCUUUUAUCACCUGCCUCCUUAUCUGAAGCUUUACGACGUGCUCAAAGCUACUCACGCCAACUACAAAGUAACUCUCGACCUCCACAACAACAGUGAAAAAUUUGGCAGCUUCCUGCGGUCUGCGCUCGAUGUUCUGUCCCAGCUGUUGGAGCUGGCCACCCUGCACGACAUCGGCAAAUGUGUGGAGGAAAUCCUGGGUUAUCUGAAGUCCUGUUUCUUACGGGAACCCACUCUCGCAACAGUGUGUGUCCAACAGCUGCUUAAGACCCUGUUUGGAACUAACCUAGCCUCCCAGUACGAUGGAACCUCCUCGCACCCGUGCCGCUCUCAGGGGAAGGCCCUCCGUCUGGGCUCGUCCAGCCUGCGACCAGGCCUCUAUCAUUAUUGCUUCAUGGCACCGUAUACACACUUCACCCAGGCUCUCGCAGACGCCAGUUUAAGGAACAUGGUGCAAGCUGAACACGAGCAAGACGCAUCAGGGUGGUUUGAUGUCAUGCAGAAAGUGUCCAAUCAGCUGAGGUCAAGCAUCACUAAUGUGACACGUCAUCGAGGAGACAAGAAUGCCAUCCACAAUCACAUCCGUCUGUUUGAGCCGCUGGUGAUCAAAGCACUGAAGCAGUACACCACUAGCACCUGUGUGGCCCUGCAGAAGCAAGUGCUGGACCUGCUCGCUCAACUAGUGCAGCUCCGUGUCAACUACUGCCUGCUCGAUUCUGACCAGGUGUUCAUUGGUUUUGUGCUGAAGCAGUUUGAAUACAUUGAGGUGGGGCAGUUCAGGGAUUCCGAGGCAAUCAUUCCCAAUAUUUUCUUCUUUCUGGUGCUGCUGUCCUAUGAGCGUUAUCACUCCAAACAGAUUAUCAGCAUUCCAAAGAUUAUUCAGCUGUGUGACGGCAUCAUGGCUAGCGGCAGAAAAGCGGUAACUCACGCAAUCCCUGCCCUGCAGCCCAUCGUGCAUGAUCUUUUUGUGCUGCGAGGCUCCAAUAAGGCUGAUGCAGGCAAAGAGCUGGAGACUCAGAAAGAGGUGGUGGUGUCCAUGCUGCUGCGCCUUAUACAGCAUCAUCAGGUGUUAGAGAUGUUCAUCCUGGUCCUGCAGCAAUGUCAUAAGGAGAACGAAGAUAAAUGGAAGAGACUGUCACGGCAGAUUGCAGACAUAAUCCUGCCCAUGAUUGGUAAACAGCAGAUGCACCUAGAUUCUCCUGAAGCAUUGGGAGUGCUGAACACACUCUUUGAGACGGUGGCACCAUCUUCACUGAGGCCGGUGGACAUGCUGCUAAAGAGCAUGUUCGUCACACCUUCUACAAUGGUGUCAGUUGGCACUGUGCAGUUGUGGGUGUCUGGGAUUCUUGCCAUCUUGCGUGUGUUGAUCUCCCAGUCAACAGAGGACAUCAUUCUUUGUCGCGUCCAGGAGUUGUGUCUGUCUCCAUACCUUCUGUCCUGCUCCGCCAUCUGCCUUCUCCACAACAAUGAUUCUUCUUCUCCAACUGCACCACCCGCUGCUGAUGUAGAGACCAAUGGAGAUCCACAGCGCUUCCUGCCUGAAGAGACAUUCGCCAGAUUCCUUCUGCAGUUGGUAGGUGUGUUGUUGGAUGAAAUCUCUAGUAAGCAGGUAAAAGUGGAUAUGACUGAGCACCAACACACAUUCUACUGCCAGCAGCUGGGCACACUCCUUAUGUGUCUCAUCCACAUCUUCAAAUCAGGAAUGUUCCGACGCAUCACGGCUGCAGGCAGCCGGCUGUUGAAGGUGGAGGGGGCUGAGGGGGCAAAUUUCUACACGCUGGAAGGGCUGAACGGCCUGGUGGUGCAGCUCAUCACCACACACCCCUCACUGGUGCUGCUCUGGUGCCAGGUGCUCCUUAUCAUCAACUACACUAACUACACCUGGUGGUCCGAAGUGCACCAAACCCCCAGGAGGCACAGUUUAUCCAGCACCAAGUUGCUGAGCCCUCACUCGUCUGGAGAGGAUGAGGAGCAGAGGCCCGAGGGAAAGCAGGCCAUGUGUAACCGAGAGAUCGUACGCCGAGGAGCGCUUAUUCUCUUCUGUGACUAUGUGUGUCAGAACCUGCAUGAUUCGGAGCAUCUGACCUGGCUGACUGUGAACCAUGUGAGGGAUUUGAUCAGCCUGUCGCACGAACCGCCCGUGCAGGACUUCAUCAGUGCAGUGCACCGCAAUUCUGCGGCCAGCGGCCUCUUCAUUCAGGCCAUACAGUCACGCUGUGACAAUGUCUCUACUCCGGUGAUGCUGAAGAAGACUCUGCAGUGUCUGGAGGGAAUUCACUUGAGUCAGUCUGGAGCUCUGCUCAUGCUUUAUGUGGACAAGUUGUUGAGCACACCCUUCCGUGUGCUGGCACGCAUGGUGGACACACUUGCCUGCAGACGAGUGGAAAUGCUGCUCGCUGAGACUUUACAGAAUAGCAUAGCUCAGCUGCCAGUAGAGGAGCUGGACAGGAUCCAACAGUACCUCCAGACCAGCGGCCUAGCUCAGAGGCAUCAGAGGUUCUACUCCCUGUUGGACAGGUUUAGAGCCACCGUUGCAGAGGAAACCACAAGCCCCUCCCCUCCCAUCACAUCACACCCGCUGGACGGGAAUCCGCCCCCUGGCCCAGAGAGUGUCACAGCCAGUAAGGAUUGGUAUGUUGCUCUGGUGAAAUCCCAGUGCUGUUUGAGAGGUGAAGCAUAUCUGUAUGAGACAACUGAUCUGCUAACCAAACUACCCCAGUCCGACUUAAACGCCGUCAUGUCCUGCAAGGAUUUUAACCUGUGUCUGCUGGCUCCAUGUUUGAGUGUUGGCCUGCAGAGGCUGUGGAGAAAUCAGGGAGUGGUUCUGUUUGAGACCACCCUCCAGGUGAUUUUCGAGCAUUUGUCCAGCAUUACAGCGCUGCUCCCCUCACCUCAUCAACCGCUCCUCCUGUCCUCGCAACCCAACACGGACUCUACUUACUGGAACGCACUUAGUGGUGUAUAUGGUGAGGCCGGAUUUUACCAGAAAGUGAUGAGUGUGUGUAGUGCAUUGAGUCGGUAUCUGAUGUCUCUCCCCAAACUGCCCUCGGCGCUGCAGAUCCCUCCUGCCACUGAGCACCUGAUCACCUCCUUCACCACCCUGGUCAUAGAGCUGGUGACAUGGCGUCUGCUACAGGACCGGUUACCUUUCAGUAUAGAUGUGCAGAUGAGCGUGUCCUGCCUGUGUUUGGCUCUGCAGCAGCCAUCAGUGUGGACAGACUUUGCCUCUCGAACCUACCUCACGCACACCUGCUCCGUCAUCCACUGUGUCCACCUGUUAAUCUACGCAGUCACAGUUGGUCCAGGUGAUCAACUAGUAAGGCCUGAGAGAAAGACGCACGCUGACCGCGAUUCUGAGGAGGACCAGGUGGAUUCGGCGAAAGGCAACCUGUGUGAGCAGCAGUGUUGUGAGAUCAUGGCUGAGCUAGUGGAAAGCCUGCAGAGUGUUUUGGCUGUUGGUCACCACAGAAACAGCAAUAUCCCAGCAUUCCUCACUCCUACCCUUAGGAAUGUCAUCAUCAGUCUGGCCAGGCUGCCCCUUGUCAACAGCUACACACGCAUCCCACCACUGGUCUGGAAGCUAGGCUGGUCCCCCAGACGUGGUGGGGAGUUUGGCACAGCACUGCCUGAGAUUCCUGUCGAGUUCCUGCAAGAGAAAGACGUCUUCAGAGAAUUCCUCUACCGCAUUAAUGUCCUCGGCUGGAGCAGUAGGACCCAGUUUGAGGAGACUUGGGCCACUCUGUUAGGGGUGCUGGUCACCCAACCGAUCACGAUCGAUCAAGAGGAGGAGACUCCGCAAGAGGAGGAUCUGGAGCGGACGCAGAUAAACGUGUUGGCGGUGCAGGCCAUCACCUCCCUGGUGCUGAGCGCCAUGACUCUGCCGACAGCCGGGAACCCUGCAGUCAGCUGCCUGGAACAGCAGCCACGCAACAAGAGCCUCAAAGCAUUAGACACCAGGUUUGGGCGUAAGCUGAGGGCAAUCAGAGGUGUAGUGGAGAGGGAGAUUCAGGCCAUGGUGUCCAAGAGAGACAAUAUAGCCACACACUUCCCUUACCAAGUCUGGGACCCGGUGCCAUCGCUGUCAUCUUCAUCUGCAGGCACUUUAAUCAGUCAUGAGAAACUCCUCCUGCAGAUUAACACCGAGAGAGAAAUGGGCAACAUGGAUUAUAAACUAGGCCAGGUGUCGAUACACUCCGUGUGGUUGGGGAAUAAUAUCACUCCUCUGAGGGAGGAAGAGUGGGGUGAUGAUGAGGAAGAUGAAGCUGAUGCUCCUGCAACCGCCUCACCUCCGACAUCUCCUAUUAACUCCAGGAAGCACCGAGCUGGGGUUGACAUCCACUCCUGCUCCCAGUUUCUCCUGGAGCUCUAUAGCCAGUGGAUCCUCCCUGGCAGCCCCAGCAGCAGAAAAACUCCAGUGGUGCUUAUAAGUGAGGUGGUGAGAUCGCUGUUGGCGGUGUCUGAUCUGUUCACGGAACGGAAUCAGUUUGAUAUGAUGUUUUCCACUCUGAUGGAGCUGCAAAAGGUUCACCCUCCAGAGGAUGAGAUCCUCAACCAAUACCUCGUCCCUGCUAUCUGCAAAGCAGCUGCUGUGCUGGGCAUGGAUAAGGUGACAGCAGAGCCUGUGUGUCGGCUGUUGGAGUCGUCACUGAGGAGCACUCAUCUCCCCAGUCGAAUUGGAGCGCUGCAUGGAGUGCUGUAUGUGCUGGAGUGUGAUCUACUGGACGACACGGCACGCCAACUCAUACCCACUGUCAGCGAAUAUGUACUGUCUAAUCUUCGGGCCAUUGCCCAAUGUGUGAACCUGCAAAAUCAGCAGCAUGUGUUAGUAAUGUGUGCUGUGGCAUUCUACAUGAUGGAAAACUACCCAAUGGAUGUCGGGCCAGAGUUUAACGCAGGGGUCGUCCAGGUGUGUGGCAUAAUGCUGUCAGCCAGCGAGGAGGCCACUCCAUCUGUAAUCUACCACUGUGCACUGCGAGGCCUGGAGCGAUUGCUUCUGUCUGAGCAGCUGUCACGCGUGGACGCGGAGACGCUAGUGAAGCUGAGCGUGGAUCGCGUGAACAUGCCGAGCCCGCACCGCGCCAUGGCCGCCCUGGGUCUCAUGCUCACCUGCAUGUACACAGGUGUGCCUGGAGAGGAAGGGAAGGAGAGAGGGAGUCCUGGUCUGCCAAUCGACACAGACCCCACAGCUCCCGAUAGCGAGUCUGUUAUUGUUGCCAUGGAGCGCGUCUCGGUUCUUUUUGACAGGAUCCGUAAAGGUUUUCCGUGCGAGGCGCGUGUGGUGUCACGGAUACUACCGCAGUUCCUGGAUGACUUUUUUCCACCGCAGGACGUCAUGAACAAAGUCAUCGGAGAGUUUCUGUCCAAUCAGCAGCCGUACCCACAGUUUAUGGCCACAGUGGUAUAUAAGGUGUUUCAGACACUCCACGCCACUGGUCAGUCCUCUAUGGUGCGAGACUGGGUGCUGCUCUCGCUUUCCAACUUCACACAGAGAACACCUGUUGCCAUGGCGAUGUGGAGCCUUUCCUGUUUUUUCGUCAGCGCCUCCACCAGCCAGUGGAUAUCUGCCCUCCUGCCUCACGUGAUCAGCCGCAUGGGCAAGGCAGACACCGUGGACAUUAGCCUAUUCUGUCUGGUAGCCAUGGACUUCUACCGACACCAGAUCGAUGAGGAGCUGGACCGCAGAUCCUUCCAGUCGGUUUUUGAGAUGGUGGCAUCCCCCGGUAGCCCUUAUUACCAGCUGCUGUGCUGUCUGCAGAGCAUUCACCAGGACACGCCACUAUGAGGCAUACACUUCGAGCAGGACAUAGUAAUCUAGUGGGUGUAGACCGUUUCCUUUUACCUUCACCAUAGGACCAAACCACAGAGGCAACAUAGUACACAUUUAAUAACCAGCUUUACAAAGAGCAACCAUGGAAUGUCACCUAACGUAUGAGCUCUGCAAUAGAGUCUUGUUAAUUGUGAAACAUGACAGGAACAAAUCAGUACUCGAGUUAGAUGUAAUGUCUGAAAGCGAAUGUGGGGAUUAAAAAAAACCAAGAUAUACUCCUCGAAACCCUCCUUACUGCUAGCUGACAUUCGCAGUGAACAGAUCAUGGUACAAAUCCUUUCCUCUAGGUUUUAGGAUUUCAUUUUUCCAGCCUCGCGGCUUUGCAUCUCUUGCUUCGCGUUGUCACUUUCAAAACUGUCCAAGAACCCACAAAGUUAAGUGCUCGCUCAAACAUAAUAUCUGCAUGAAAGAGUAAACAUUUUUAGCAGAAGACGUCUCUUCCUGAAGUCAUUCCUUUGUACAAACGUUUGCCCGAUUUGACCUUUUAGCACUUAGAGAGAUUUAACUGUAAACUGACGAUGUAUACUGUAUACGAACUGUAUACUGCCUCGUCUGAGGAAACUUGCGUAAGCCAUGUUGAAACAAGAUGAUGACAUUAUUUCCAUGUUUUUGAAAUGUAAAAUGUGCUUG